CUCCAUCCGGUCUGACGCUAAGUGAGAGUCAACAUUUGAGAGUGCUGUUAGUUGUAUCGCUCAGAGUGACAAAUUUUGUAUAUAUUUAUUGUUGUUUACAGAUAUUUAGCCGCUCACUUUUGGUUGGUUACUAGUUCUCUACAAUUUGGUGAUAACAAAUGGAAAUGCGGAUUUUCGGUGAUCUUUUUGUUGAACAAACGUGAACUGUUGGAUAAUAGAGGAGAAUUUUGGGGAAAAUACCUCAAAUAAUUCAUUGUUUCUGUAAAUAAUAGAUCCGGCUGCAUUGCGUAUUUGGUGGCAGUUCUACAAAUUAUACAGUUCCAAAAAUUUAACAAUUAUUUUCGAGAAAUUUUUGUGCUGACGGAUCAAUUUGAAGUUGCACGCGAUUGAGGUGUUUCAACAUUUCGCCAUACAAAUUACUGUUUCGCACAUGCGUUAAUCUCAUCGGCGAAAGUAGAGCGAAAAAUGGAAAGUAAAGUCCGUUCCAAAUCACCAGGCAGUUUGCUACUUCUUCGAAAUUUUGAUCGCUACCGAUAAAUUAAAAUGCAAAUAUUUUGCAAAUGAAGGUAUAUUUCGCAAUCUUCAUUUGUGCUAACAGGAUUUAAAGUUAUGAUAUAUUUGCACCCAAUUUGGAUUAAAUAGGCCGAGUUUUCUGAGGGAAGCCCUUACUUUAAUAGUUCCUAGUACCUUUACUAUAAAAUUUACUUUUUCUAAAGUUUUUCGUCUGCUUUGAUGGACUUUAGGAAAAAUCCCUUUUUGGCUGUAAACUCGUCAAAGUACCAACACUUUUUUUUACAGCAGAUAACAUUCCGUAUCGUGAUCCUUUGUUCUAAAUGUUAUAGCUUAAUUUGUAGUUUUGUUAAAUCCCUUUUUUGUUUAACUGCAUUUUUUAAUCGUUGCAAUAGUUUGAUCUUAUCCAUACCAAUAUCAAUCUUUUCAUAGUGUCUGGAAUUAGUGUGCUAUGUUUUGUCAAGAAAUAUCGAUCAAAUUAUCAAUUUAUCAAAUACACUUCUUUAGCGUAACCAUCCACCGUUGAUGAAAAGUGGUUCAGUAACAAAAACGUCAAGCGAAAACGAUCGAAAUCGAUCAAAAGGUGGGCGGCAAAGCAAUGAUUGACGGGCAGGAAGGUUUCGCUAUGCGUGUGAUGGAUUUGACAGACAAUAAUUUACUUUGACCCACCCUCCUACGUCCAAAUUUAAUUCAAACCUGUACUGUCAACAAUGGGAUGUUUGAAGGAAGCAAUUGCUUAGAAGGGUAUAAGACAUCCAAUGGUUGGAAGUUCGUGGCACCUUUGCUUAAAGCACGAUACGAUGCCGGUGCAGUGGCUUUCAAUGGUAAAAUUUACAUAAUGGGCGGCAACUGGUAUAAUGGUUACUUAAAAAGUGUUGAAUGCUAUAAUACCGAUUCGAAGAGUUGGAGUAAAUGUGCAGAUAUGAGAUAUAAUCAUGUAAAGCCUGCUGUAGCUGUACACAAUGGUCACAUCUAUGUUUUUGGCGCUUAUUAUGGUUCCACCAACAGGGGUGUUGUUGAACGUUACGAUCCUCAGCGAGACACGUGGUCUCAGAUUUGCUCUCUGGAAGGUGAUCCGUGGGGCAUUCUCGCUUUCGUAUCUUUUGACAAUAAAUUAUGGACUAUUGGUCACCGCAGUGAGCAGAGAAUUACAGGAGUAGCAGUGUACGAUGAGGCAAAUGACAAUUGGGUGCGGAAGAGAUCAUUGCCCAAAGGAGAAAUAUAUUCUUGUUUUGUUGUUUCUUUGCCUUUACUGACAUCAAAAUAAACAAACAACAUUUCUAUUGUUGUUUGUGUUAAUAAACUUAUAAGAAAUACACAAAAUCUGGUUAAUUUUCGAUUUGAAAGAAGCGGCAAACUAAUUUCUGUCUAACGCGAACCAAAAACUGAACGGUAAAAGUUUGUUGUAAUUGUCAAUGCUUUCGUUCUUGUUUUGGAAUAUAUAUAUAUAAAUAAUUUUUUUGUACAUCUGUAUCUCUAGCAGUGCUUGCAAAAAUUUGGCUUUGUUUGUAAAUGAAAUAUAGAGGAACUAAUUGAAAAAUCGAACACAUAAGAUUGGUCGCAAAGAGUGGUGGAAAUAAAAUUAUUAUUACAAUCACAGUUAUGUUAAUAAGUAAAUGAAUAAAGAAUAAAUAACAAAAAACAUUAAAAAGAAAAAAA